GGUCGUCAACCCGAUCAUCAAACCGAUUGUCAAUCAGACCCUUGAUCCGAUCCUCUAUCCGAGCCUUGCUGCCCCGGUUAAUGGAAGGCCGGUCAUGCAAGCAAUGGUUAGCAGAAGAGGCUAUUACAGCACAGCUAGACCUGCAUCGAUGGAUUGAUAAGCAGCGGCAGUCAAUCUGUGUCAGAGCAAGCGAGAUAAGGGAAGAUCAACAACAGCAGCAACAAUCAGAUGCUCAAUUGCCAUCAUCAUCAUCAUCCUCAUUGUCGAUAUCAUCAAUGUCAUCAUUGUCGUCAUUGUCGUCAACGUCACCAUCGUCAUACCCGGAUGUCAAACGAUGGCGGCCGGUUUCCAAGCGAGAGGAGUGGGGGGCUUACAAGAUGGCCAUUGCCACAGGAGACACGUCAGCUGCGCUUUCUGCCUUGGAGUCUCUGGAAGAAGCUCUGAACACUUAUGAAUCGGGGACAUAUGGAGUCCCAUCUCCUGCCCAGUCGAGCACUCCCUUGUCUUCUCGAUCCUCGAUGUCAGCUUCAACAUCACCAGACUCGUCUCGUUGCGAAGGCGAAGGAGGAGAAGUGGAAUUUUCUGACCAGGAGUCCUCUUCCUCUUCUUCCUCCUCUUUGUUUGAAGAUAGGCAAAGCUAUGGAUCGGAGUCAGAAUCUGCAUUUUCAUCUUCGAGAGGCAGCAAUGUAUUGUCUCCAUCUGUUCAUGAUAUCUUGUCAAACUCUGAGUCUGACAUGCAGCUGCUGUCAGCAUCUGAACCUGACCUCUCAUUUUUGUCAGCUGUCGGUGGGAGAAACCUGGAUGCAGAGGUGGAGGAGGUUGAGGAGGAGGUGGAGGAGAGUGAUGGAUGGAUGAAGGAAAGCAGGAGUGAGUGGGUGAACAAGAAACAGUAUCUAACUUCAGUGUUUCCAGAAAUCAAGUCAGACUGCAUUCUGUUGCUUGACACGUGUCUAAGCACACCCGAUAUCAGGUUGGUUAUCUCAGCUUAUGACUGGCUACAGAAGAGGAAAAUUCUUUCCAAUUUCGGAAAGGAGAAGCUGUCAGCCGCAGGCCCAUCUGACCUGCCCGAAAUGAUCACGCCAUCUGUCUUGAAAUCGGUGACGGGGAUGGAUGUCUCUUGUCUUGCGCCACAGAAGUGGGGAGUGUCAGGGUCUUCAGCGAUCGUACUUGCUGUCGCCCUCGCCGCCUUCUCCGCCGCUGAAGACGCUACCCUCCUUGUGCGCCCGAUUGCGGUACUGUUGAUGUGUGUUGGAAUUGCAGACAGUGUGUGGCUUGGUGGCCGGCUCUUCAGCUCCCUGGCAAGCUCCUUUUGGAAACCUUACCGGAAACGGGUGAUGGUCCAUGAAGCGGGUCACACCGUUGUUGCAUAUUUGUUGGGGUGCCCGAUUCGCGGUGUCGUUCUCGACCCAUGGCAGGCUAUGAACAUGGGUAUUCAAGGCCAGGCGGGGACACAAUUCUGGGAUUCUACCCUGGAAGAAGAGCUGCGGUCUGGAAAAUUGUCGGCGGCGUCGUUAGAUCGUUACUCCAUGGUUCUGUUUGCCGGGAUCGCUGCAGAGGCUAUGGUUUUUGGCCAAGCAAGUGGCGGUGAAAGCGACGAAAACAUGUUCAAAGCCAUCAUCAAGCAACUCCAACCUGCAUGGUCUGCUGCAAAAAUGUCGAAUCAAGCUCGCAGGGCUAUUGCAAAGUCCUUUCUAUUACUCAAAGCUAACAGAAAGGCACUCAUCGCUGUCGUUGACGCCUUGGAGGAGGAGGGCGGGAGGAUGUCAGCCAUAGCUAUGGCUGUUGAGAAUGCGCUAUCGCCGGUGUCAUGAUGAAGGCACAACUGGAAAACAUAAAUAAAUUAUUCUAGAGUUC